AUGAUGGAAAGAAAAAGAACGGCAUUGGUGUUGCUGGUGAUUGUGGUGGUGCUGACGAGGCAGAAGGGGAGUUUGGGAAAAUGGGCAGAGACGACGGCGAAAGACGUCGCCGGAACGACCAAGAAAAUGGCGACGGAGACUGCUCAAGACGCUAAAGACAAGACCGCUUCAUGGGCUGGUUGGGUCUCCGACAAAGUUACCACUGGAUUUGGUAGCAAGAAAGAGGAAAACUAUGCUUACGACAAGGCGCAACAAGUAAAGGACUCGGCUUAUGACAGUGCAGGUUACGCUAAGGAUUUUGCCGAGAGCAAGGCAAAAUACGCAAAGGAUUGCGCCUAUCAUAAGGCUGGUGAUGCUAUGGACGUGGCCUAUGAGAAGGCAGGCAAUGCAAAGGAUAUGGCUUAUGAGAAAGCGGGUUAUGUAAAGGAUAUUGCCUAUGACAAGGCCGGUACUACAAAGGAUUUCGCCCAUGAUAAGGCAGGGAAUGUGAAGGAUAUUGCUUAUGAGAAGGCGGGCUAUGCGAAGGACAUGGCCUAUGAUAAGGCAGGUAAUGCUAAGGAUAUGGUGUAUGAUAAGGCGGGAAUUGCAAAGGAAUAUGCCUAUGAUAAGGCAGGCAAUGCAAAGGACAUGGCUUAUGAGAAGGCGGGAUAUGCAAAGGACAUUGCUUAUGAGAAGGCAGGCUAUGCAAAGGACACGGCCUAUGAUAAGGCAGGUAAUGCUAAGGAUAUAACGUAUGAUAAGGCGGGAAUUGCAAAGGAUUAUGCCUAUGAUAAGGCAGGAAACGCAAAGGACAUGGCCUACGAGAAGGCGGGACAUGCAAAGGAUUAUGCCUAUGAUAAGGGAGGUAAUGCAAAGGACAUGGCCUACGAGAAGACGGGACACGCGAAGGAUUAUGCCUAUGAUAUGGCAAGCAAUGUGAAAGACAUGGCUUAUGAGAAGGCUGGACACGCAAAGGAUUUUGCCUUUGAAAAAGUGGGAGCUGCUUAUCGAAGUGCCAAAGCAUGA